GAGACGUGGAGCCCUCGUUGCACGUCGGGGGCCGACCUUCCUCGGCGGGCGACGCCAGAGCCAGCGUUGGCAGGAGGGCUCCCUUGCGACGAGGGCGAACUGAUGCUGACGUCCCUGCCCGUGUCCGCUCAGCACCAAGGAGAGUCGGCAGGGUGGGCCGCCCCCAGGGCUCCGGGGCUUCUGGAGAAAGCGCUGCUGCUGCCCCCCCGCCCCCGCUUUGGUGACGAGGAGCAGCCGGAAACAUGGCAGGGGAGCUACCUGUGGACCUGAGGACCUGGCGGAAGGGGGGUGGCCCCGGCAGAUGGAUCAGGCCAGACGGAGAGGCCGCUGCUGCCACCUUUGAAAGGCCGUCCCCUGAGAUGGAGGCCUCCUUCGGACGCAGGGUCUCACUGGCAUCCCAGCACAGACCCUGUGGGGAGACGGAGGGAGCACCCGAUUCCACCUGCCAGCCUGGCCCAGGCGUUCGGAGUACAGCUUCCCCCCAAGUGGGGCUGGAGGGAGAGAAGAAAGCGCAGACGUGCCUGCCCCUGCGGAAGCGGCGCUUCCCUGCCACAGGUGGGGAGGGACUGGGGCCACUGGCCGGCAAAGUCCCCAAGAGAGAGAGCACCCAGGGGGAGACGGGGCCCUGGGACUUGCACAGCAACGGUUUCUGUCCCCCUUAUAUUCCGUUUGGCUACCCCAGGUUGCCCACAGCAUAUUAUCCAGGUCUGGCCGGCCCCUUCCUGAGUCCUGAACUGCCUCCUCUUCUGCACCCCAUGACCCCACACCCCUUGGUAGGGGUUCCCACGCAUUACUCCCUGCUCUGCCCAGUAGAAGCCCAGCUGGCCUUGGACAUUGCCACAGCGACCAAGCAGGACGAAGACGGAGACACGCCCCUCCACAUCGCCGUGGUGCAGGGGAACCUGCCGGUCGCCCAGCGUUUGGUUGCUCUCUUCCGCCAGGGGCAGCGGGACCUGGAUAUUUUCAACAAACUGCAGCAGACUCCUUUACACUUGGCGGUCAUCACCUCGCAGCCGUCGCUGGUGAAGCUGCUGCUCUCUCACGGGGCGUCUCCUAUGGUCCUGGACCGGAAUGGGCAGACGUCCCUGCACCUCGCCUGCGAGCAUGCCAGCCUCCGCUGCCUGAAGGAUUUGCUGCAAGGAAACGCUGCCCUGGUGGAUCUGGAAGCCCGCAAUUUCGAAGGCUUCACCCCACUCCAUGUCGCUGUCGGGAAUUCCAGCUGUGAAGCAGUCCUCACCCUGCUGGAACACGGGGCCGACAUAGAUGCUGUGGACAUCAAGAGUGGGAGAUCCCCCCUGCUGCACGCGGUAGAAAACAAUAAUCUAGGGAUGGUGGAACUUCUCCUCCAGCACGGAGCCAACGUCAACGCGCAGUCGUACGGGGGCAACACGGCACUGCACGCCGCCAGCGGCCGGGGCCUCUUGGACACCCUGCGACUCCUGGUGCGCAACGGGGCGGACGGCAGCCUCAAGAACUACCACAACGACACCCCUCUGAUGGUGGCCAAGAACAAGAGGGUGAUCGAUAUCCUGAGAGGAAAAGCUUCCCGUCCUGGACCACCACCGGACAACAUCCGUGAUGGGUCGUCCCCAGCCACCAGCACCACCAGUUCCCCAGGCAUCCGGCCUGCCCACGCCGGCUUGCUCCGGGCUUCACCCGACUCGUGCCCGACAACGCCCAGCCCAGCCCAGACCCCAAAGCCCCACCGGGCCGUGCAGUCCCCCAACUCCACCAACCAGAAAACAGAGAGCAUUACAUCGGCCAACGGGCCAUCGGCACCCGCCUCCUUGCGUGGCGUAAAACUGGAGAGGAGCCCCACUCCGCCCGCCCUGGAGCAGCCGGCUGGACUCCCUGGCGCACCUGCGUUCUACCUGCCUGUGCCCAAGGACAUAAUGGACGGCCCCUUCCACCAUGCCACCCUCUACCCCUUUGCGACGUCCGGCCAUCCCCUCUCCUCCCCCCACCUCCAGCUGCUCCCAAUUGGCCUGAACCAUCCUGUCGUCCCCGUGCCCACUGUGCCUCUUCCCGGUCGGAUUCACCCACGGGGCACGGAGAUGGACCCCUCGCACAUGCUCCUGGACUUGGAGAACCCGCCAGCUUCUGGCCAGGAAGGGCACUGGCUCCGCAGCCACAACAGCGGGCCCGGUGGCAGCUGACGGCCGGCCGGGGACCGAGGGACGCCCACCGGCCUCCUGGACCUGGGAGACUUCCCCGGGAAGCUUGCACUUCACAAGGCAGAGGCCUGCGGAGCUUAGACUUUGCUGCUACGGUUUCCUGGCACAAGGCCAGCCCUGCUUGGCUGAUGUGGAAUCCAGAAUGCCCACGUGCCUGGGGACACGCAUUCCUGCCCGCGUAUUUCUGUGUAGCAACAUGCGGCGACCCUGAGAUCUGCUGGCAUCCCCGUUUCUUCCCCCCAACCACAGCGCUGGUCUCUUUCGGUUUUGUUUCUUCCCAGGUGUUGUUUGGGGUGGGGAGGGCACAUUUCUAGGGGAGGAAACAGCAACCGUGGCGUCCGUCCACAUUUUCCCACCUUGCGGCGGGAUGGUGGCAAGCGCUGGAGUACCAGCAGUCGUGGUGCUAUGUCUCCCUCCAGUGGAGGGAUGUGGAAUUGCACACCUGUGAAGCAGGUAGUGCCUUCACCUGAGAUAAGUCUGCACUUUCCACCUUAAGGGCCGGGAGACGUGAAUGGGGCCUCUCUUGCUUCCCUCUCACCCCCGGUUGUCCUAGAAUUACGUAUGUCAGGAAGUACAAGUGGCCUGGUGUCGAGUGGUGGGGGAGGGAACUGAAGGAUGAACACCCCACAAGUGGUGUCGGGUGGGGGAAAACGUGGGGACUUUCUGAAAGCGUGAGUGGCCCAGGAUUGCAAUUUCAGAAAUUUCUGGGCAGAUCCUGAACUUUAGAGGAAGCUGCAGAGGUGGAGAAGAUUAGCGGGGCAAGAUGAUUAGAGGGGAAGAUGAAGAGCACCUCGCCGGUGAUGGUGUGGAAGCCAAAAGGUCUGUUGGGCGCAGAACCCCCGUCAGCCCACCUCAGGAAGGGAACUCAGGCUGGGAAGGAAUCCCACAGGUGUCCAUUUUCUCUUGAAGUGCCCCCCCAUGAGACCUGCCCCUCGGGGACAGGAGCCAAAGGCAUCUGGACAGUCCUCAGAAAGGGAAGGUGUUGCUUGGUGUCCUGCAAUCACAGGGCUGGACCCGAUGGCCUCUGGCUCCUUCCAAGUCUGCCCUUCUGUGAUUCUGGGGUGGGAAGGGGCUCCCAUGUGGAAGGUCCUGGGUUUGGCCCCCAACACCUCCGGGCAGGGCUGGGAAAGGUUCCCUGCCUGACACUCUAGCAACCCAACCCGCUUUCCCCAGCUAGGUGCCCUCCAUGUGCUUCCACCAGCAACUUUCUUGACCAUUGGCCAGGCUGGCUGAUGGGUGCUGUGAUCCAAAGCACGUGGAAGCGCCCACAUGGGCAAAGCCAGUGCUAAAGAUCCGGCAGCCCCAGGUUGAAGUCAAUGACAGUACGAUCGGAUGCUGUGCCUCAGUAUUAGGGAGGCUCCUGUUUUCACUUCGUAUCAUUAACAUUUCUGUGCCCCCCCCCCCCGCCAAAAGACCUAUGUCCUGGGGGGUCCCAGUCUCUUCCCCAUCCCAUUUUUUCCUGCUUGUAAGAGAAAAAAUACUUGAAAAGUAGCACCCUCGGAUCAUCCCAGUGUUGGGAAGUGUGGAUGGAGAGGGGUUUUUCCUAAUUUGUUAAUAAAAGUAUUUUUCUACUUUCAA